CAAAACCUGAAGACACACACGCUCACACCCGCAACUUUUGACAAUAAGAAAAUCAAAAGAAGGUAUAUAAGAGGUGUGGGAACGCUCCAGCCCUCAGUGUACUUCAGGCUCAGGAUACGUCGAGACUUGUAAGAUACUCCAACCAACAUGUGCGACGACGACGUAAGCCCCCUUGUGGUUGACAAUGGCUCCGGCAUGGUCAAGGCCGGUUUCGCCGGAGACGACGCCCCUCGCGCCGUGUUCCCCUCCAUCGUCGGCCGCCCCCGUCAUCAGGGUGUGAUGGUCGGCAUGGGUCAGAAGGACGCCUACGUCGGCGAUGAGGCCCAGAGCAAGAGAGGUAUCCUGACUCUCAAGUACCCCAUCGAGCACGGUAUCAUCACCAACUGGGACGACAUGGAGAAGAUCUGGCAUCACUCCUUCUACAACGAACUCCGUGUUGCUCCUGAGGAAUCUCCCGUCCUCCUCACUGAGGCUCCCCUCAACCCCAAGGCCAACCGUGAGAAGAUGACCCAGAUCAUGUUCGAGACCUUCAACACACCUGCCAUGUACGUGGCCAUCCAGGCUGUUCUGUCCCUGUACGCCUCUGGUCGUACCACUGGUAUUGUGCUCGACACUGGUGAUGGUGUGACCCACACGGUCCCCAUCUACGAAGGUUAUGCUCUUCCUCAUGCUAUCCUUCGUCUCGACUUGGCUGGUCGUGACCUGACUGCCUACCUGAUGAAGAUCAUGACUGAGCGUGGCUACUCCUUCACCACCACCGCUGAACGAGAAAUCGUUCGUGACAUCAAGGAGAAGCUUUGCUACGUCGCCCUUGACUUCGAGAGUGAGAUGAACGUUGCUGCUGCUUCCUCAUCCCUUGAGAAGUCCUAUGAACUUCCCGACGGUCAGGUCAUCACCAUCGGCAACGAGCGUUUCCGUUGCCCCGAGUCUCUGUUCCAACCUUCCUUCCUGGGUAUGGAAUCUGUUGGUAUCCACGAGACCGUGUACAACUCCAUCAUGAGGUGCGACAUUGAUAUCAGGAAGGACCUGUUCGCCAACAAUGUGCUUUCUGGUGGUACCACCAUGUACCCUGGUAUUGCUGACCGCAUGCAGAAGGAAAUCACUGCCUUGGCUCCUUCCACCAUCAAGAUCAAGAUCAUUGCUCCUCCUGAGCGCAAAUACUCCGUAUGGAUCGGCGGUUCCAUCCUGGCUUCCCUGUCCACCUUCCAGUCCAUGUGGAUCACCAAGGAGGAAUACGAUGAGUCCGGCCCUGGCAUUGUCCACCGCAAGUGCUUCUAAGCAUUUUCCCUUGAAAUCUAAAACACUCAGACAUCUUUCCAUUUUGCUUUUGGUAUAUAAGCAUUUAUCUCAAGAGCUUAAUGGACCGACAGACGUUGACGGGCAGAUUUAUAACUGUUGUUUUAGGUUUUUCCUUAAACUAUCCGAAUAAUUGUUGAACUUUAAUAUAUAUCUACCAUUUUA